AUGGUGAAGAAAUCCAGCAACGGCGGGGUCUACCCCGGCCCUGCCGCCGAGAAGAAACUGAAGGUGGGCUUUGUUGAGCUAGAGACAGGAGCAGCUGAUUCGAACCGAGACGGUGCUCUGCUCAUAGCCGGGAAUGAGGAGACCAAGCGGGGCAGCAUCUUGAGCAAGCCACGCUCUAACAUCUCCGACCGCAAGAAACCACCCAAGAGGAACGCCUUCUACAGACGACUGCAGAAUUUCCUUUACAAUGCUUUGGAGCGACCAAGAGGCUGGGCGUUUAUUUACCACGCUUAUGUCUUCCUGCUGGUGUUCUCCUGCCUGGUCCUCUCGGUCUUCUCCACCAUCAAGGAAUACGAGAAGAGCUCAGAGGACGCUCUCUACAUACUGGAAAUUGUGACCAUCGUUGUCUUUGGCGUGGAGUACAUCGUCAGGAUCUGGUCGGCGGGAUGCUGCUGCAGAUACAGAGGAUGGAAGGGAAGGCUCAAAUUCGCCCGCAAGCCUUUUUGUGUCAUCGACAUCAUGGUGCUGAUCGCCUCCAUCUCGGUGCUGGCGGCGGGCACGCAGGGGAACGUCUUCGCCACCUCGGCCAUCAGGAGUCUCCGAUUCCUGCAGAUCCUGCGCAUGAUCCGCAUGGACCGGCGCGGAGGCACCUGGAAGUUACUGGGAUCCGUCGUCUAUGCCCACAGCAAGGAGUUGAUUACGGCGUGGUAUAUCGGCUUCCUGUGUCUCAUCCUGGCCUCCUUCCUGGUCUACCUGGCGGAGAAAGAGGACAACGAGAUGUUCGAGACCUACGCCGACGCACUGUGGUGGGGCCUGAUAACCCUGACCACCAUAGGCUACGGGGAUAAGUACCCGACGACGUGGAAUGGCCGGCUUUUGGCUGCGACCUUCACACUCAUUGGUGUGUCAUUCUUUGCACUUCCAGCGGGAAUCCUGGGCUCUGGUUUUGCCUUGAAAGUGCAAGAGCAACAUCGACAGAAACACUUUGAAAAACGACGGAAUCCUGCUGCUGGAUUGAUCCAGGCCGCCUGGAGGUUUUACGCCACCAAUCUGAACCGCACCGACAUGCAGUCGACUUGGGACUAUUACGAGCGAACUAUAUCUGUCCCGAUGUACAGGCUCAUCCCUCCACUAAAUCAGUUGGAUUUGCUCCGCAACCUGAAGAGCAAAUCUGGACUAUCCUUCAGAAAGGAGCCCUCCGGCCAACCAGAGCCAUCUCCCAGUCAGAAGGUGAGCCUGAAGGAGCGGGUGUUCUCCAGCCCCCGCAGCUCUGGUAACAAGGGCAAAGGCUCCCCCCAGAGCCAGCAGGGGGGGCAGCCGCCGCAGCAGCAGGGGGGUCCACCGGGCCAGCCCAUACGCCGCUCCCCCAGCGCCGACCAGAACAGCAUCGAGGACAGCCCCUCCAAGGUGGUGCACAAGAGCUGGAGCUUCGGGCAGGGCACCCGGGCCCGCCAAGCCUUCCGUAUCAAGGGCUCCGCCUCCCGCCAGAACUCCGAAGUGCUGAUUGAGAUGCAAACGGAAGAUUUAAGGCAGCGGAACUCCCCAGAAGCCAGUCUGCCUGGAGAUGAUAUCCAGGAUGACAACAAAAGCUGCCAGUGCGAGUAUGUGUCCGAGGACUUGACGCCAGGACUGAAGGUUACCAUUAGGGCUGUAUGCAUAAUGAGGUUCAUGGUCUCCAAGCGCAAGUUCAAGGAGAGCCUGAGGCCGUAUGACGUGAUGGACGUCAUAGAGCAGUACUCGGCCGGACACCUGGACAUGCUGGCCAGGAUUAAAAAUCUGCAGUCCAGAGUUGACCAGAUUGUUGGUAGAGGUCCGCCAAUCACAGAUAAGGACCGCCCCAAAGGGACCACUGAGUCUGAUGUGUCAGAGGACCCCAGUAUGAUGGGAAGACUGGUGAAGGUGGAGAAGCAGGUCGGUUCGAUGGAGCGAAAGCUGGACUUCCUGGUGAACAUCUACGUGCAGCGGAUGAACAUCCCGCAGUCGGAGACGGACGCCUACUUCGGCUCCAAGGAGCCCGACCCGGCGCCUCCGUACCACAGCCCCGUCGAGCAGCACCUGGAGAAAAGCGGCUCCAUCACCAAGAUCAUCCGCUCCAGCAGCGGCGCCGGCCAGAAGAACUUUGACCCCCCUCCCACCACGCAGUCCCAGUCCCAGUGCCCGCCGUCCACGUCAUCCUGGCACCCCCACCCCCACCCGCAGCCACACUCCCAGCACUCCCUUCCCCACUCCCACCUGGACUCCACCUCUGCUGCUGGCCACCCCCAGCAGGCCACUUCGCCCGCCGGGGGGGACCCGUCCCUGGUGCGCAUCCCUCCUCCGCCUGCCAAUGAGCGCUCCUCCGGGAACGGCCACAAAAACGGCCACCACUCCAGAGGAGCAGGAGGAGUAGUAGGAGGGGGUGCAUCGGGGGGAGGAGGAGGAGGUGAGAGUGACACCUCCAUCUCCAUCCCGUCGGUGGACCACGAGGAGCUGGAGCGCUCCUUCAGUGGCUUCAGCAUCUCCCAGUCCAAGGAGAACCUCGAGUUCCUCAACAACGACUAUUUUGGCGGCGCCGGUAGCGGUGGCCAGGUGGCGCCCCGCUCCAGCGGGUCAGGUGGCGGCGGUGCCAAGGUGACGCACGCUUACAUCGCCGAGGGUGAGUCGGACACGGACUCGGACCUGUGCGCGCCCUCGCCACACUCCGCCACGGGCGACGGGGCGUACGGGGACCGGGGCUGGACCGCCCCCAAGUAA